GUGAACUGUAGGCGGCAGUCUCUUGCGCUUCAACUGAUGCGUAGUAGAAAAUUAUGCAGUCUUGCUCGAGAUGGAGCUGUCUGAGAUCACCCGCAGUACCCUAGUUAGCACGUUAUCGCGUUUGCUUCGUCGUCAUAAAGAAUCUAACCCCGAUUUUUUAAUACGCAGCAAAAUGUUCAUCGGAGGUCUUAGUUGGGAUACGAGCAAGAAAGACCUUACAGAGUAUCUGUCUCGAUUUGGGGAGGUGCUAGAUUGCACAAUCAAAACUGAUCCAGUGACUGGUCGAUCAAGAGGAUUUGGUUUUGUUCUUUUCAAAGAUGCCGUGAGCGUUGACAAAGUGCUUGAAACAAAAGAGCAUAAAUUGGAUGGCAAGCUUAUUGACCCAAAGAGAGCUAAGGCACUGCAAGGCAAAGAGCCUCCUAAGAAAGUGUUUGUCGGUGGACUCAGUCCUGAAACAACAGAGGAGCAGAUCAAACAGUAUUUUGGUGGAUUCGGAGAAAUUGAAAAUAUUGAACUGCCAAUGGACACAAAGACAAAUGAAAGGAGAGGGUUUUGUUUUGUCACCUACACAGACGAAGAACCCGUACAGAAGCUUUUGGAAAGUCGAUUUCAUCAAAUUGGUACAGGAAAGUGUGAAAUAAAAGCUGCACAGCCCAAAGAAGUCUACAGGCAGCAACAACAGAAGCAACAGAAAGGAGGAAGGGGUGGCACCAGAGGAAGAGGCAGAGGUCAAGGUUACAGCAACUACUACGAUCAAAACUAUGGAGGCUAUGGAAACAAUGAUUCCUAUGGUGAUCAAGGCUAUGGUGGUUAUGAUUACUCUGGAUAUAACUAUGGGAACUAUGGAUAUAAUCAAGGUUACACAGACUACAGUGGGCAACAAAGCACAUACGGCAAAGCAAGAGGUGGAGGAAACCAUCAAAACAAUUACCAGCCUUACUAAUGCAAUGACAAAUUAAACCUUAGAUGGAGAUGGUUAAAGAGAAGAACAUCACGCAGCAGUGCUGGGAGAACCAUCACAUUACUCUUGAGAGGACUAUGACCAAGGCACGAAGUGUCUUGCUGUAAAUAGAAAAUGGGAUUUUGUUUCUUUUAUUUUUAUGGCAUUUUUGCCAUCUGUAUGAUAAGGGUUUUAUGUUCAGCAAUAUUAAUUGUCAUUUGUGCUUGUGAAGUGAUCAGUGCAUUCAUUUUGAUGGAAAUGAAGUUUGUAAUAAAAGUAAGAACAGC